AAGUAUCUUCAUCCUACGGUAAGAUACGGAUUUCCCACUAAAAAACAGUAACAAUCUUCGAGAAUCCGAACUGAAGUCGCUUUAAACCCCCCUCUGUAUUUGUUGGAUUCGUAUUGUAUUAUUGGGUUUGCAUAUUUCCUUUAUCUAUUUUCCUUCAACUAUGGAUGCUCAAUUCAAGCCAAUUUCAACCACUAAAACAUGCCUCUGAAUGUGUUGUGAUCACCCAUUACAAAAUCAGUUGCUCAUAAAAUAGAAAAUUCAGUUGACCAUUAGUAAUCUUUUCUCUUCUGUGCCAUGCUGAACUUCUGCUAUUAUUCUUUUACCAUUCAUGAAAACGUUGAAAAAGUUAAAACAAGUUACAUCCAUGAAUGUGCUAAUAAAAAAUUCAUCUAGAAAUCAAUAUAAAAAAAUGCAUAUACUUGCUGAAAAUCAGAGCAGAAUUAGCAGUGUCUGUAAUAAAGAACCCCUAAAAGGGGUUUUGAAAAUGCUCUAUUCUAUGGACAAAGCAGAUUGUAAUACCUAUCUUUCUCUGUUAACAACUUGCAUUAAUAUGAAGGCAUUGAGAGAAGGGAAGAGGGUUCAUUUGCAUUUAAUCAGAACUGGUUUUGAGGUGGAUAUACAUGUGGGGAAUAAGCUUGUGAUAAUGUAUGGGAAAUGUGGAAGAUUUGAGGAUGCACGCCACGUGUUUGACGAAAUACCUGAACGAGAUGUCGUCACAUGGUCAGCCAUGAUUGGAGGUUAUUCUCAGAAUGGUCAAGAUGAAGAUGCUGUGAGGCUUUUUAGGGAUAUGAUGGUGUUUGGUGUGAAGCCAAACCAGUUUACGUUCGGCAGCGUGGUGAAUGCAUGUGCAAAAUUGGAAGCCUUGGAGGAAGGCAAGCAGGUGCAUGGAUAUGUAGUGAAGAUUGGUUUUGAAAGCAAUUCUGUUGUGGGGAGUGUGCUUGUUGACAUGUAUGCGAAAUGUGGAAGUAUAGAGGAUGCACACAAAGUGUUUGAUGAAUUACCUGACCGGACAGUUGUGGCUUCGACUGCAAUGGUUACAGGGUAUGUUAGGAAUGAGAGAGUUGACAAGGCUAGUGAGCUCUUUUGGAGAAUGACUGAACGGAAUGUAGUGUCAUGGAAUGCAAUGAUUGCAGGGUAUGCUCAGAAUGGACAUAAUGAAGAGGCAGUGAAGCUUUUUGUACAAAUGCGAUGCUGGGGUAAUAGUCCUAAUCAGAGUACCUUCUCCGCGGUUCUCAGUGCUUGUGGAAACCUAGCAGCUUUAGAAAAGGGAAGGCACAUCCAUGGUCUUAUCAUCAAAACAUUGUUUAAACUAGGUGUUUUUGUUGGCAAUGCACUCACUACUAUGUAUGCAAAAUGUGGUGUCAUAGAAGAUGCAAGACGAGUUUUUGACAGAGUUACUGAACAAAAUGUUGUUACAUGGAAUGCAUUGAUCGCAGGAUAUGCCCAACAUGGGGAAGGAGAGGAGACACUUAAUCUCUUCGAACAGAUGCAAAAGGUAGGAAUGAAGCCUAAUCAUGUUACUUUCCUUUGUGUCCUGUCUGCCUGCAGCCAUGCAGGUUUAGUGUGCGAAGGCCAGCACUACUUUUAUUCCAUGUGUCAAGAUUAUGGUCUUGUACCAAGGGUAGAGCACUAUGCUUGUGUGGUUGAUCUUCUUGGUCGUUCUGGGUACCUGGUUGAAGCAGAGGAGUUUAUUGAAAAAAUGCCACUGAAACCUAAUGCUGGUUUGUGGAAGGCCUUACUCGCUGCCUGCAGAAUCCAUGCAAAUUCAGAGCUAGGUCAGCGUGCAGCUGAAAAGAUUUUUGAAUUGGGAGAGCAACACCCUUCAACAUAUGUGAUACUAUCAAACAUCUAUGCUGAAGCUGGUAGGUGGAAUGAUGUAGCAAAGGUGAGAGUACUUAUGAAAGAUAGAGGGGUUAAGAAGGCCCCUGCAUUUAGCUGGAUUGAAGUCAAGAACCAGGUGCAUUCUUUUGUCAUAGGAGACCGAUCGCACCCCCAAACAGAGGAGAUCUAUGCAAUGGUAGAGAAGUUGACUAAGCUAAUGAAGGAGGCAGGGUAUAAGCCCAACCCAAACUUUGCGUUACAUGAGGUGGACUAGAUUAAAAACGAAGAAGAAAGAAGCCAAUCGUUGUCAGACAAGUAAGAAAUUUGAUUGUUCUCGCAAGAUUACUGUGGCAACCUUUGUGUGUUCUGAGUGGCACAUCUCCACAUUCACCUUAUCAUUCGAAGAGAAAAUAUUUUCAGGUAUUUUGUGGCUCUUUGAUCAUUUCAAGCAUGUAAUAUUUGGCUCACAUGUUUUCUAUGCUUGAUCAAAGAAACAAGUGAAGAUUAUUUCAGAAAUAGCGUUGCGUUUACAUGUACUAACUGGAUAUUAACAUUUUUUCUUACUGUUUGGAUACCAGUUGGCUAUGAUAAGUUCCGAUUUGAAGUUUAGAAGGUUCCAUUUGUUCUGUGGAAUUGUUGCAGUAUUAGACAAUUCAAUGACAAAUCAAGCAUAGUUGUGAUAUUAAAGGAAACAUCUUGGAAAUUAUUUGUCGUGGUCUUUGCAUCUAUCCUUUAGCAUGCUGACUAUCUUUUGUUUAUCUGAAGGCGUAUGAGAAGUUUGGAGGACUAUUAUGAGCAUCAUCUAAAUGCCUCAAAUGCUGUCGCAUGUGCUUCAGAAAACAGACAACGUAAAUCUUUACUUCUUUGUAUAUUUUGACGAGUGAUCAUUAAUUAUCAGCUUUUAAACAGCAGAGAAGCUUGAGGCUUCGUAAUCACUCUCAGUUAAUCUUUCGCUGAAAUCAGCUGAAAACUGAACAUUGUCAUUAAGUAAAUUGAGUUUGAGUCACAACUGCCUCUUGAGGGGAAUGUUUUUAAAGACAACAGGAAAAUCUUCAACUGCAUAGUCAACAAUGGGAAAAACACCUUUAACGAGGCAGGGAGAUUGUGACUUGUUGAUAUGGGCAGAAUUAGAUUUAUUGUUCAAGCAGGCAACAGGAAAAAAAUUGACGGACAAGCUCAGACAGCCUUUCCUUGGAGUAGGUUGGUAAAACAACUGGAAAAGCUUUAAAUACUAUUAGUUUGCACUAAUGCGCUAUCCAAAGUGGGACAUUCGACUUCUUGAGUAGUCAGAACUUGGGGUUCUUCUGACAUGCCUUGUCAAAACAGAGUGUGGAGGAAUGAUUACUGAGGCCAUGAUCUUCAUCGAAGCACAGUGAAGGAGGAUUGGUUUUACCAAAGGUAAUCAGAAAUCAUCUGAACAUGCUCAAUCAAUGAAAUCUGUGUUGGGAAGCUGCUUACAUCCUUGAAAAUACUAAGGAUUAUUCUUAGAGCAAUAUACAUUUUGUAUAGUUACUUCAAAUAUGCCUUGCAGAGAUAUAUUUGAUGUAAAUGCAGCUUAGCUUCCUACAACCAUAUAUUGUCCAGCAUACUUUGAGGAUCAGAGACAUAAUAUUUCAACAGUCCAUAGUAAAUGUUGUAUGCUUCUGGAUUUAACUGUGAAAUAUUUUAACAUCAUUGUUUGUAGUGUGAUCCAAAAGAGUUAAAUCCAGAAGCAUACAGCAUUCAUAACUUGAGGAUGUAAAUAAAAUUUACUCAUUAUUACUCUAUAGAGGUCAUGCCAGAAGAUGCAGUAGGGAAUUGACUGAUAUAA